AUUGAUGUGCAUACAGCUAAAGCUAUAUAUGAGAGAUUAGGGGGGGAUAGAGAGAGAAAAGGGGAGAGAUAGAGAGAGAGAGAGACUGUUGAAAUCUGUAGACUACUGAGCAAAGAAGAGUCUGAAAUUGGGUUUGCGGAGGAAAGUAAUGGGAGAUGACAAAUCGGGGAUGGUGGGUACUAUUGGGAACUCCAGUAGAGAAAGAGAUCGGGAGCUUCUCAUACCCGUGGCUGUCUCCGCCGGCGGCGUUGACGACCAUGACUCCAAGCCGUCGUCCUCCGCCGCGUCUGCUCACCACCUUCAUUCCGGCCGCGAGACUUUCUACAAAGUUGUUAGGAGUUGGGCUUCAAAGAAAUUCAUGACUGGAUGUGUCAUUCUAUUUCCAAUAGCAGUGACAUUUUAUAUAACAUGGUGGUUUAUUCACUUUGUGGAUAGCUUUUUCUCCCCCAUCUAUCUGCAGCUUGGUAUCAAUAUAUUUGGUCUCGGAUUUGUGACCUCAAUCACUUUCAUUUUCUUGGUUGGAGUAUUCAUGUCAUCAUGGUUGGGGGCAUCUGUUUUAGGUCUUGGGGAAUGGUUCAUCAAAAGAAUGCCUUUUGUUCGUCAUAUCUAUAAUGCCUCUAAGCAAAUUAGUUCUGCCAUAUCUCCAGAUCAGAACACUCAGGCUUUCAAGGAAGUGGCCAUCAUAAGGCAUCCACGUAUUGGUGAAUAUGCAUUUGGGUUCAUUACUUCUUCUGUUGUUCUUCAGAACUAUUCAGGAGAUGAAGAGCUAUGCUGUGUGUAUGUUCCUACAAACCAUCUCUACAUUGGUGAUAUAUUCCUGGUCAAUGCAAACGAUGUUAUAAGACCGAACUUGUCAGUUCGUGAAGGGAUUGAGAUUGUCGUAUCUGGUGGCAUGUCGAUGCCCCAGAUUUUAUCAACGCUGGAUCAAAGAAUCGUUCAAAGUUGAUAGGGUUAGACCUGACAGAAGUUGAGACUGAAGAUAAUAGACAUAGCCGACGGCCUUGAAUUCCAUCACGUUUUUUAAACGUUGCAGACUGGGGCACGGGCACCUCACCAGCACCAACACCUGCAACCCUAUCGAUUGGCACAAGUUUUUUUCCGAUUUAUUUGAUUUUUGAAUCAUUAGAUUAGAUUGAGUUGCUUUUGUAACAAGAUUUGGUAGUGUACAAUGUAGAGAAAGUAGGGUUUGUGUGGAAAUAUAGUUGAUUAAUACUACUACUUCCAUGAUUAUUUAUAGGCUGUUUGAAUGUUGAGAUCCUUCUUCCCAA